UACCAAGGACCAAGGUAUUAAACCUGUAAUUAAAUAGUAACUGCUUCUCCUUGAAUGUGGUUUCAGAGUAAAGAGUAAAGAAAGAGAUAGAUGGAAGGAAGUAUCCGCUGCUCUGCCAACUAUGUUCCGCUCACUCCGAUCACCUUCUUGGACCCAUCAGCGCUGCAUCAAACUUGCUUCUUCCAUUGCUCAACUCUGUGUCGGUCUUGCUCCCGGCGAUGUGGGGGGCACUUGAAAUCCUUUCGAUCACCUCUCCAUGCUAGCAACACUUUGAUAUAUGAGGAUGAGGAGGCCAAAAGAUGAAUGGGAUCCAACCCCAAAGGUGUGAUCUAUAGUCACAGAGGUGCCUAUCUUAAUUCUCUUGCUACUGUUCUGCUUAACGAGAUGAAGUCUAUGCCCGUGUAUCUGUGGUGUGUUCCCAUGUUUCAUUGCAAUGAUAGAAACGAAAGGGUUGUGUUGUUGAAGAGUGAAAGAAUAAAGAUGGACAGCNUGGAAGAGAAAGUGUUUAUGUUCAUUGAUGAAGAAUAUUAUUCCAAUGAAUCAGAGCUUGAUGAAGAUCUAUGGUGGCAAGACAACGCCCAUUCUCAUGGCUCACCCGAUAACACUUUGCAUUGGGAAUCUCAGGUCUCACUGCUUCAGGAAACAUUGGAGCGUUACCAUGUAGGAGGGUCAAAAUUGAGAGGAGAGGUUGGUCGAAUCAUACAAGAGGUGAAGGGUUCGGAUUUUUGCAGCUGCUUGAAGGGAAAGCCUUUGGAUUGCAGCAGCUGUUUGAGAAGAGAAGUUGUGACGGAGCUCCGAGACAGAGGAUUCAGUACAAAGCUAUGCAUUUCAAAAUGGGGAACGACCAAAAAGUUUCCCGGAGGUUGUCACGAAUACAUUCAAGUGAUUGCAAAGACAUCAACAAGGAAGAAGCAGAUUCAUAUUCUGAUAGAAUUGGAAUUGAGAGAGCAGUUUCAGAUUGCAAAAGCGGGUGAAAAUUACCAACAUCUGGUAUCGUGUUUGCUUGAGUUUUAUAUUGGAAAAGCAGACAACUUAAUUGCGAUUGUUCGAGUAAUGUGCAAUGCUGCAAAGAAAUCGAUGGAGGAAGACUAG